CAGGUCGUAAGUUUUUUUUUUUAAUAAUUGGAUACAUCACGAGGGGAAAAUAUUGAAUAAAAAUAAUAAUUAUUAUCACGAGGGAUUAUAUAAACAAUCAAGAGUUACCUCCCUUGUUGUGUCAGGUUGUGUUAGUGAGUCGCUUUCACAACCGCAUAUAUACGUUUACCACCCCUUCAGCUUUUCUUUCACCCCAAAGGGAGACUUUGGGUUUAGGGUGUUUAUAAUCACACGCACGUGUUGAUUUCUCACACUGCGGAUUCUCUCCAGUUAUUGACCGGAAUGUUUUCAACUCGAACAUCGUCUGUCCGCCGACACGCUCUGCAGAGGAUUUUGAGAUGUGGAUAUGGCAAGCUAGAUCUACACUGUCCGAGUAUUGGGCGACACUUCAGCACAGGAGAAUCGUCAGAAAAGAAUAGUUUCACUACCGGGCCAAUUACGAUACGCUACAUGGCUUACCUGAAGGAUAUAUACCGCCUGACAGUUGCCGAGACGGAGGAGGAGUCAGUGAUACACACGCCGGGGUUGUCUUAUGAAUCCAUAGACCGAGAUGGGAACCCCUUAAUGCCGAGUCUUAUGAGAUUUGCAACAACAGCAAGAGUAUUUGCCACCCACGUUCCUCUUGAUGAGACUGGAAGGACGAUUUUUGACUACGCACAACUCACCUCCGACAGACUGACAUUCGUGGCUUCGUCAGAGGUGAUAUCAGAAAAGGCAAUGUAUGAUACAUCUGUACCCAAGAGUCCCUUAGAUGUUUUGUAUCAACUCGGGUAUGUUGGCAAGUCAUCCCUAAGUACUGUAGCGUCCAUCGUUGUUCCUUCAACCGGACAGACGAUCCUCAGAAACACCAAUCAUCUUGUUGGAAUGGAUAAAACAAGCAGACGACCCAAACCACUUCCUGAUUGGUGGCGGGAGAAACAUGGCGGAUCCGCCAUCUUUAAGGAUCCUCUGAUAGUUCCAAGACUGCAAAGACCUGCUGAGGCUGUUCAAUACAAUGUCAAAGUGGCUUGGAUGCACACUGACAAUUACAAUCAUACUAACUACACCACUUAUGUUGAUUUCUGCAUCAACGCUUUGCAUUAUGCUAUAGAGAAAGGUUGUAUGGGAGCCCUGACCAAGGAUGUUGUAAAACGUGGUAUCAAGUCCAUGAGAAACACUUACAUCGGAGAGAGUUUAGAGAACGAUGAGCUCACUAUUGAGGUGUGGGCGUCGGACCAGGAUGACAGAACUGUACAUUUCGAUGUUCAGAAAUUGGGCCAGUCAAUAUUCCAAAGCACGUUUGUUUAUCAUGAUGACUGAAUGAUGUUUUGGGUGUUUUGGUGAUCCUAUUUGCUAUGAGUGAUAAUUUGUAUUGAUGGAAAUAGAUGUAUGUCUCGGGCAUAUUAAAAAUUACUUUUCUCAGGACAUAAACUUGAUGUCAAAUAUGAAGCGAGUUAUUAUUCAGUUUAUUACCAAUAAUGUAAUUUGAUGAAGUAUAAAACAAACACAUUCACCACCCUGUAUUCGGCGACUGAGAGAAAGGUCAAGGUCACAACGUUUGUU